AUGGUAAUGCUUGCGGACCCCAGCAGGAAGUACAGGAAGUUCAAGCCCUUGCACAUUCCCGACCGACAAUGGCCCUCAAAGACCAUCGAAAAGGUGCCCCGGUGGCUGGCCACUGACCUGCGAGACGGCAACCAGUCUCUGGUAGACCCAAUGGAUGGAGAGCAGAAGUGGAGGUACUUCCAGAUGCUAGUGAAACUGGGCUACAAAGAGAUCGAAGUCGCAUUCCCCUCUUCAGGCGCAACAGACUACGACUUCGUGAGGAAACUGGUCACAACACCGGGCGUGGUGCCCGACGACGUCUGGCUGCAAGUCUUGUCGCCUUGCAGAAAGGAGCUCAUUCGACGGACAGUCGGCAGCUUGAAGGGCGCGAAGAAGGGCAUUCUGCAUCUAUACCUUGCGACAAGUCCGUGCUUCCAACAGAUCGUCUUCAACAUGGACAACAAACAGUGCAAGGAGUUGGCAGUGGAGUGCACAAAGUACGCACGAUCAAUCACAAAGGACGACCCGGAGAGCGGUGUGGAGGAAUGGACAUAUGAGUUUUCGCCAGAGACAUUCUCUGACUCGGACCCAGAGUUUGUGAUUGAGAUCUGUGAGGCAGUGAAAGCAGCUUGGGAGCCCAGUGUAGAAAACCCCAUCAUAUUCAACCUCCCGGCGACAGUAGAGAUGGCAACACCGAACGUUUACGCAGACCAGAUUGAGUACUUUUGCCGGAACAUCUCUGAGCGAGAGAAGAUCUCAGUCUCUUUACAUCCGCACAACGACAGAGGAUGCGCCGUGGCGGCAGCAGAGUUGGCACAGAUGGCCGGCGCAGACAGAGUGGAAGGUACAUUGUUCGGAAAUGGUGAAAGGACAGGCAACGUCGACCUUGUUACUCUGGCCUUGAACCUGUACACCCAAGGCAUACAUCCAAAGAUCGAUUUCUCGGACAUCAACAGCGUGAUAGACAUUGUGGAGAAGAGCAACAAGAUCCCUGUCCAUCCGCGUGCACCGUACGGAGGCUCUCUGGUCGUUUGCGCUUUCUCUGGGUCCCACCAGGAUGCGAUCAAAAAGGGCUUCAACAUCAGGGACAAGGACCGAGCUGGUCCAGAGGAUCCUUGGGAGAUGCCAUACCUGCCGCUCGACCCUCAGGACAUCGGCAGGACUUACGAGGCCGUCAUCCGUGUCAACAGCCAGUCUGGCAAGGGUGGUAUCGCUUGGAUUAUCAAACGUACUCUUGAGCUGGAUCUACCUCGUGGCCUGCAAGUCGCCUUCUCCAAGAUCGUCCAACGCGAAGCCGACAUGAUCGGACGAGAACUCCUCGCCAACGAGAUCAAAGCCCUCUUCGUCGACGCCUACCACCUCAACAAGAACCCGCGCUUCUCCCUCGUCGACUACAACAUUUCCACCGACCGCUCCGCCUCUCCAGCGCCUCCCGCCGAAACAGGCAAAACAGCAUCAGGCCGUAACCUCCGCCGUCGCUUCACCGGCGUAAUCGAGAUCGACGGUCGCGAACACAACGUCGAAGGUGUCGGCAACGGUGCCCUCUCAGCUCUUGCCAAUGCCCUCAAGAAUCUGGGCGUCGAUCUCGAUAUCGUCAAUUACAAGGAACACGCCAUCGAACGACAAAUGGAGAAGAAACGCGACACGCAAGCAGCGACGUACAUAGAAUGUACGGCCGCAGGCUCGCACCAGAAGGUCUGGGGCGUGGGUAUUCACGAAGAUGUCGUGCAAUCGUCUCUGUUUGCUUUGCUUGGCGCUGCAUCAUCGUUCCUCUCCUCACGACCAACCACGCCCGUGCCGUUCCGACCCAAACGCUCCAACACUGGAAGUCUGGACGUCGGCGCCCCAGCAGAUCUCAGCCAGCAGAAACAGGCGUUGAAUGGUGCGCCAGCGAAUUCAGGGCCGGAUGCAGAGUCUCGUAUUGUUGCCAAUCUCGAGGCUAAGGUCAAUGGAGAUGGUCAAUCAUGA